AUGAAAAACAAAAACAAUAAUAAUAACCAACAAACAAAUAAUAAAGUUCCACAGAAUAAGAAGGCAACUGUUGAGGACUAUAAAGCUAAAAUACAAGUAUUAGCACAUAGAUACAAAAGACGAGAUGCAAAGUUAGGUGCCGUAUGUGGAAAAUAUAACUGUGACCCAAUUGAUGCUACUAUCAGAGGCCUCCGGAAUAUGGAAACAACCAACGCAGAAGUAAAUGACAUCAGCAGAUUAACAGCUAAGGCACUCAAUAAUCUCAUGUAUACUGUUGGUGAAGUCAUGCAAGAGCACAAAGAACUUAAAUUCAAAGACGUUCGUGAUUGGUAUUACCCUCUUCUUGGUGAACAAUAA